CAUGGAGCGCUAUGGACACAGUCUGCUCGAAUCAAGUAGGAAUCUCAACUGAAGAUAUACAUAUUUCUUUAAAUAGGGAAGAAACCUUCUGUCAUACAGAAAAGGGUGGCCCGCCACAGAAUGGAGUGUGCUUUUGACGCACAAAACCUGAUCUCUAUUUCGUUGAGAAAAAUACAGAGCUCCAGGACACAGAGAGGAGGCAUCAAGCUCCACAAGAACUUACUGGUAACGUACGUACUGAGAAACGCCAGGCAGUUUUAUAUGAGUAAAAACUUGUCGCAGACACAGAGGACACAGCAGUACGAGGACGUGGCCGCAGUGCGAGAACGGCAAGAAUACCUUGAAAUUUCCGGGAGCUUUAAGGAGUUGGCUGAUGACUUCUACUGCAACUUUACUGGUGUUGAGUCGGGCACUUGGCACUGCGGAGCGCACCAAUCCAACGAUCAGUCUGCAGAGGUGGCGCACCAAGACGCAUCAGCCUGCGUAAUGGUUUCACAAAGUGACUCUGACCUCAUGGUUGCUGAAGCCUGUUGGAGUUGUGUAGAGAAAUCCGCGUGGGAGUUACCUGUCCCAAACACAACCAACCAAAAGACUGUCCUGGAUCUGGACACGCAUGUGGUGACUACUGUCACCAAUGGAUACUUCCACUCAGACUGUUGCGCGCAGCCAAAACAGCCGCAGGGCGCGCACUACUACGCAAAGAAGCGAAGGAUAGACACAAGUUAUUAUAUUGUUGACCCAGAGUUUUAUUUGCCAGAUUUGGGGCCAGUACCAUUCAAAAGAAUGAGGACUGAUGAGGACUCGAGUGGAGACUCUGAUCAAUUGGACUCCUCAAACAUUUCCAACCUGAUUUCAGUGUUGGGUUCUGGUGGACUCUCUGAGUUUGUGAGUUGGCAGAACACGGACCUUGAGCAAAUAAUUGCCACUCAAACUAUUUGUUUAAAACAGACUUUGUUGACAGGUAGCGGUUGGACGAGAGCAAUUGAAGCAUUUUGAUAUGUAUAUAUUAUUUUGGUUGUAUCAUUUAUUUUAAUGCUUUUAAAUAAAUAAUGACACGUGCAAGCUCUGUCCUCUCUUUCUAAUUAUUGUUGUUCCAAUAUUAAACAAAAAAUCCAUGCACUAAGUAUCCUUAACUUACACUUAUUGGGUUUAUGUUGCGUCUUUUUGCUA